GCCUGCUGCGCGUGGGCGGCGGAGGCGGUCCGCCCGACGACUGGGACAGUCGGGCGGCCCUCGCUGCCCAGCGGGCUGCCGAGCGCGGGGCCCAGCUCGCCGCGGCGCACGCGGCCAGCCUCAGCCAGUGCCACGCCGCGCUGGACGAGGUGCAGGUCGUGCUGGCCAACCUGUCCGCGGAGCUGGCCGAGCUCCACGCCCUGCAGGCCGCGCCGCCCGAGCUGCCCGAGGAGCCCGACACGCUCCUGUGGCACGCGCUCGGGGUGGUGCUGACCGCGGCGCUGACGCAGUGUGGCGCUUGCCUCGCCGCGGAGGAGUUCUUCAACGAGCUGGUGCCAGGGCGGGUCGUAUGCUUCUACUAUGAGGACGACCCGAACAUAUGGCACGAACGGUUGCUGUUGUGGCCGUACCCUGGCGCCUUCCCCAACACAUGCUGGACUUGCCUCACGCCUGACGGCGACGUGUACCCUGAAGAGAUGGCGGCAGGGCCCGAUGGCGACGGGCCGAGCCGCGUUUCCCUCGCGAUGGGGGCGACUCCCGCUGCUGUUCGCCCACCGGGGCGAGUCUACAGGUUUCGUGAAUAUCCCGCCGAGGAGGACAUGAUCGACCCCUUUCGGGACGCUCGCCUGGCCGCCCGCAACGCCGGCUUGCGCGAGUCCGAGCCGACCGCCUUCAUGCGCGACGGCGGCCGGCCCACCAAGAGCAUGACGGUCAGCUUCAACGACGUGCCAGGCUUCUUGCGCCGCGCGCGGGGCAAGGGCCCGUCCGCUGCCGUGCCGCGCGGCCCGCCUCGUGGCCCGCCUGUGGCCCCGCCCCCGCUGGACGCCGCGGGCGCUGAGCCAGGGGCGCUCGCCAACGGCGAGGUCGGGGGCACUCCGACCCCGAGGGGCGGCCCUGGCGCGGUGGUGCUCACUGACGAGCGGGCCGCGCCGCCUGGGUCUGCAUGGUUUGUGAUGAAGACGAUCCCGAACGAGUGCCAGCAGUUCGACGAGGUCGUCCCGAAGGCGGGUGACGUGGUCUGGGGCGAGAGCGGGCUCUACAGCACGGCGGGCGGCUUCGUCGUGCCGAUCGAGCUCCACCCUGUCCCGCUGCCUGUCGAGGUGUUGGACAAGGUAGCUGACGACGACGCCCGCCUCCUCGGCCCUCUCCAGCGCACGCGGGAGGGGCGUAGGCACCGCGACUUUCGCGAGGCGGUGUCGUCCAUGAGGCAGGAGCAGCAUGGCGACUUCCCGCUCGUCGGCGAGCGCAGUUUCAAGUGGUUGUGCGACUACAUCUUCGACCACGGCGGCACCCCCGACGGCCGCCACGCCAAGUGGAUGAUGGAGAGCGGCUGCACCAAGGAUUCGGCGGCCGCGCACGUCCACGACUUGCUCGGCUUCGCCAUCGAGAUGGCCGUCACCUACGACCAGGUCGACGGCUCCAACCUCGCCAGCAUGGAGGUGGCCUCGCGGGCCUACCAGCUGAUCGAGGAGACCAUGGGGAGCAUGGAGAUCGAGGGCGUCUACGCCACCGACCAGCUCGCCAAGGAGACGGAGAUCCAGAAGCAGAGGCGCAAGGCGCGCGAGGAGAAGUCUGCCCAGUCGGGCAGGAAGGACAAGGGGCCCUACGCUCCGCACCUCGUCAGCUGGCCCGAGUUGGGAAACGGGCCUCAGUGGCUCGCGGAUCGGCUGGGGACAAGCGAACGAUGCUCUCUCUUGGACAUCGACCAUGCUUUGCUGCUGCCGCCACCGAGCUUCGACGAGGCCGUGGAGACAGAGGGGGGGCCCACGUUUUACAUGGACCCUGUGCUGGAGCGGAACAGGCCGCUCUACCUUGAAUUCAUCCAGUCUGGCAUCUCGCGGGGCGUCUUCGUCUUAGGGAAAGACAGGACCGAGGACGUCUCCGCCUUCUUCGUGGCUAAGAAGGACGAGCGGAUCAGGAUGGUGCUGGACUGCAGGCGUAGCAACCAGCGGUUUCAGCCUCCUCCGUCGGUCAGCCUGUUCUCCGCCGCGGGGUUCGCGGACCUCGAGGUGCCGAAGGACACGCCCCUCUACUACGCGGGGGUGGACGUCCAGAACGCGUUCUACCAACACAAGCUGCCGGCCUACCUGCGGUCGUACUUCUGCUUGCCGAAGGUCACCGCGGGCGAGCUCGGCAUCGGCAGGCUUGACGGGCGGCGUGUCCCGCCCUGGGCCUGCCUUUACCCACAACUUGCCGUUGUUCCCAUGGGGUGGGGCUGGGCACUCUUCUUCGUUCAGAAGGCUCACGAGCGGACGCUGGACCAGCACGGCGCCCUGAGGCCCGAGCGGCGGGCGGUCGACUUCGUGCCGGUCCCCGGCCCGCUCGGGGAGCCCAUCCACUCGCUGUGCGUCGACGACGUGCUCGUGGCUGGCACCGACCGCGAGGCCGUGACCAAGGUCAGGCGCGAGGCCUCCAAGGCGCUGGAGGGCUCCGGCCUGGCCGUCCAUGACGAGACCGACGCCGCCGAGAGCAUGGCCAUGCUCGGCGGGCAGCUGCAGGGAUCGCCUGCCCGCGCCACCUUGGCGCCGCGGCGGUUCUGGAAGCUGUGCGUGGGGCUCGGCUACUUGGUGCAGCGCCGGCCCCGCGUCACCAGCCGCGACGUCGAGCACGUCAUCGGCCACUGCACGUUCGCCGCGCUGUGCCGGCGCGAGAGCUUGAGCUGCUUCAGCGCCGUCUACUCGUUCGUCCAGAUCUUCCGCGGCUUGCUGGUCACGCUCGUCUCGGACCUCGACGCCGAGUGGUCCACCGAGGUCGUCAUGACUGACGCCUGCGAGACGGGCCACGCCUCUGUCGAGGGCGAGUGGGGCCUUUCCGAGGUGCAGAGUGCUGGUCGCUGGCACGAGCGGUGGCGGUUCCGCCGCACGCGUGAAGCGGGCGGGGGUUGGCGGCCGCGCGACCGCGCGGCACGCGCGGCCGAGGUCGCCGAGCUCGAUGCGCACCCGUCUGUUCUGUUGUGCCAGGGUCUCGCCAACAAAAGAUUCCCUGAAGUGUCGACGCACACCAUCCGCCGCACCAGCUGGUCGACCAUGCACUAUUCGCCACUCUUCGGCAAGGGGCCCAUGCAUCGUGAGGAGGCGAGGGGUGACUUACACGCCGUGAAGCUGAUCCUGUCGGGCGCGGACUCCUGGGGGAAGAGGGUGCUGCAGGGCGCGCUGCAUCUGGGGCCGGCUGGCGCGCUACCGCGGCGCGCGGGCGUCAGCUCCGGCACCGCCGCGGCUCGGCGCGGGGCCCCGAGGGCGACAGUCGGCUCGGCAGCGGCUGGCCCGCGGCCCCCGCGGGCCCGCCGGGACUCGGCCCCGCCGCCGGCAGCCGCGCGCCCGCUGCGGCCCCGCGGCCUCGCGGCGCCGCCGCCGACCAGGCGGCUGAAGCGCAGCGCGCCUGGGAGCGGCCCGACAGCGCAGGCCCCUCUGCGGCCCUCGGCGGCUUGGACGCCGUCGCGUCGCAGCUCGGGCCGCCCCCUGGGCUCGCCCGCCCUGCGCCGCCGCGAGGCUCUGACUCGACGCCCGUCGGUGGUGCUGGCGGCCCCGCGCAGCAUCCCCCUGCGGGAGCUGCCGCGCUCUGUGCAGCGCCGCCUGGACGCUGGGGAGCAGGCGCGGGACACCACCCGCCAGCUCUCUAUCACCGAGGCUGCCGCGGUGGGACGGCGGAGCCGACUGCAGUACACGCGGCUGCUCGAGCUGUUCCUCAGUCGCAGUCGCCUGACAUCUCUGGCUGCGCCUGCUGCCGACACGGACGCCGCCGUGGUGAGGUUCCUCGACGAGCUGUACCUCGAGGGGAAGGUCGCGUCGACGGGCGAGAAGCUGCUCGCCGCCAUCUUCAUGCACGUGCCCGACUACCAGAGCAAGGGGAAGCUGGCCCUGCCGCGCGCCUACCGCGCGCUGCGAGGUUGGCGCCUGCUGCGGCCGUCGCGGACGCGGCGCCCGCUGCCCUGGGCGGCUUGCAUGGGCGUGGCGCGCCAGAUCUGGCGGAUCAGCGGCCGCCCCGACCUCGCGGUGUUCUGGCUCCUGAUGGUGGACACGUACCUGAGGCCUGGCGAGGCGUUCCGCCUGACCUGCGGCCAGGUGAUCCCGCCGCAGGCGCACGUGCCCAAGGUGACGAUCCACAUCAACCCCGACUACAUGAAGAGACCGAGCAAGACUGGCGAGAUGGACGAGACAGUGGACGUGGCACGUCCAUGGCUGGGCAGCCUUCUGGUUCGGCUAGCCCAGGGCCCGCCCAGCGCAUCCCUGUGGACGUUCACCAUGACGGGGGCCAAGGGCGUGUUCGAGCGCGCGACGCGCGCGCUGGGCUUGGACAAGCAGCUGCCCGUGCUCUACACGGCCCGGCACAGCGGCGCGUCCAUCGACCGCUUCACGGGGAGGAUCUCGUUGCAGGAGGUCCAGCGGCGCGGCAGGUGGCGCCAGCCGAGCUCGGUCAGGCGCUGCGAGAAGCGCGGGCUCAUCCAGGCGGUGUGGAGCGAGAUGGAGCCCUCGGCCAAGGCCUACUGCCUCCAGGCCGAGGCCGAGCUGCCCUCGCUGCUCGGCGCCGCCUCGCUAUCCGUCAACGCUU